UCGAUCGUAAACAAAAUGAACUCACCACAGCUUGUCAAUACAGCUGCGCAAGCUCACCACAGCAACAGCAGCAACGCCAGCAGUGGCAGCAGCAACAACAACAACAGCUCAGCACAAACGGCGUCCGCAAAUAAAUUUGCGCCUGCACGUAGGCUAGCAGCGCGUCAGACUCUGCGCCUGGCCAUACCCAAGCAACAGGGUGAUUCAGUUACACUGCCCCAUGCCCAGACGAGCAACAUUUAUCGGCACUCGCCAUCUCAGCUGCCGCCGGCGCCGCUGCUCAAGCGUCACACAUCUGUGACGGCAGCUGGCAAUUGCAGCAGUGGGAGCAAUAACAGUUUUAUUCCCAAAUCCGCAUCGCCGCUGGAGUCGCACAAGCUGCCAAAUGUCACGCCCACUUGCACAUCCAGCCCGCUGAUAUACAAUGGGACCGGUGGCAGUGGCAGUGCCUCCUCCAUCGCCAGCAACUCAAAUUUCCUGGGCGUACGUAAACCAAGUCUAACUCUCAACUCAUCGGACAUACGUAACAACAAUGAUUUGUUUGCUUUUGCCAAGGAUAUGUCGCCGGCAUUGGAGCUGAGUGAUCACUCGCACUCACAUUCUCACUCACCUAUGUUCUCGGAUAUAAGCACUGCCAUAUCGCCAGCAAAUAGCAAUGGCUCUCCUACACAUCAUCAGCUGGGCAGACUCUUCAGCCUGAGUCCUUCCAGUAUGAGAAGUUACGGAAAUAUGACAGACUUCUCGGAUAGCUCACAGAGCGGCAUGUUGAGUCCGGCGACGACGCUCAUUGAAAGUUUCAACAAGAAGAGCGGCUCAGCCUCGACGACGCCGCUGCCCAGCUCCUCCUCAGCCUCAGCCUCGGCCAGCAACAUGCUGUGCAGCCCGCCCACGCUGAAUGGAGUGGCAACGGUGAAUGGUGGGGGGCCGCUGAGUGCUGGCAGCACCACAGUUGCCAGCCUGGGCGGACGACAGAUCAACACGAGCUCCAGUUCUUGCAGUAGUCUUAAGGAAACCUCACAUCAAUCCACAUCCACGUCGCAGCAGGUUGUCAAUAGCAGCAGCAGCACAACGACGCGCGUGGAAAAGAAAUCCCAGCGCUUGCAUCACAUAACAUCAUCAUCAUCAUCGACAACCCAGGCGUCAUCAUCAUCAUCGUCGUCUUCCUCAUCAUCCACGUCUUCGGAAAUGAAGGCCGCCGCCGUGAAGCGGGAUCUCACUGAUAUCAAAGUCUCCAUGUCGGAAAUCGAGAAGUUGACAGCGGCGCCAAAGCCAGCGCCGACGCGAAAUCAUCCAUCGAUUGAUGACCUCAAGGGUCGCAAUAGCGAAUAUACCAUAGAGAAGCUGAAAAACAAAAUUCGCGCCUCGUUCGAGAAUCUGGUGGAUGGCAAUGAUGAUGGCAGCUGCCAUGGCAUUGUGACGACUCCCGACGGCGAUGACGACUGCACACAUCCCCACUUUGGCAGCGGGCUGGAGCUGACGCAUCCAACGGCUGCGCAGCUGAGCGCCAGCAGUGGCUUAAGUGGCUCGAAUAAAACCAUCGACACCAUCAAGUUCGAGGAGAAGCGCUCCAAAUCGAUGGCCACCACCAAAGUGGUGGCCGAUGGCUUCAGCUCCGAGCAGGCGACCAGCAAUUCGGCGGAAAUGAAGCGUCUGCAGACCGGCGACAUCGACUACAAAGAGGCUAAGGCUGCGUCGGCGGUGCGAAGCCGUUUGGAAAUGGAUGGCGUCAAAACAGAGGAGAAUGCAGCCGUAAUGCAGGAGGCACUCUCGCUGCGCACCGGCGACAUCACACAGCAGGCGAGCAACAAGGUGGCCGCCGCCAGUAUUAAAGUGCAGAGCGACAACUUCUCCGCCGACAAGCAGGCCAUCUCGCAGUCGCAGCAGUCGCAGACGAUGACGUCGAAUGGCAUCAUUAGCCAGGAGAAGCACGUGUCGUCGGCCUCGCAGGCCAACUACUCCAUGACGCACAAGGGCGUGUCCAGCACGGGCAGCAGCAUGAUCUCUUCCUCCUCGCAAAUGUCCGCCACCAAUGGCCAGCUGAUCAAGCUGAAGGAUCUCAAGCUGGACGACCUGAAGUCCUUGACAGCCGGCAGUGGCCAGCAGGAGAUCGAGCAGGCCAUCAACAAGUAUUCGAAUGUGCUGACCUCGUUCGUUAGCUCCCUGCAAGACGACGAUGACUCCAGUGGCUCCGGCGGCGCCGAGAAGUCCGUCUACCUGCAAAAGAUCAACGAGGUGAUCAAGCGCGCCUGGGAAGUGCCCACCCACGGCCACGAGUUGGGCUACUCCCUGUGCAAUUCGCUGCGUCUCAGCGGCGGCCUCGAUCUGCUCAUGAAGAACUGUGUGCAGCACAACGAGCUGCAGUUCUUCUCCGCCCAGCUGCUCGAGCAGUGCCUGACCACAGAGAAUCGCUCCCAUGUCGUCGACAAUGGCCUGGACAAGGUGGUCAAUGUGGCCUGCGUCUGCACCAAGGAGACCAAGAACAUGGAGCACUCACGCGUCGGCACCGGCAUCCUGGAGCAUCUAUUCAAGCAUUCCGAGGGCACCUGCUCCGAUGUCAUCCGCUUGGGCGGACUGGACGCGCUGCUCUUCAAGUGUCGCACCAACGAUGUGGAAACUCUGCGGCAUUGCGCGAGUGCCCUGGUCAAUCUGUCGCUCUACGGCGGUGCCGAGAACCAGGAGGCGAUGAUCACGCGCAAUGUGCCCAUGUGGCUGUUCCCCUUGGCCUUCCACUACGACGACAACAUCAAGUACUACGCCUGCCUGGCCAUCGCUGUGCUCGUGGCCAACAAGGAGAUCGAGGCGGAGGUGCUCAAGUCCGGCUGCCUGGAUCUGGUCGAGCCGUUUGUCACCACACACGAUCCAUAUCAGUUCGCCAAUUCGAAUCUGUCCCAUGCCCACGGCCAGAGCAAACAUUGGCUGGAGCGGCUGGUGCCGGUGCUCAGCUCGAAUCGCGAGGAGGCACGCAACCUGGCCGCCUUCCACUUCUGCAUGGAGGCGGGCAUCAAGCGCCAGCAGAACAACACCGACAUCUUUCACGAGAUUGGCGCCAUCGAGGCACUCAAGACUGUGGCCAGCUGCCCCAAUGCGAUCGCCUCGAAGUUUGCGGCGCAGGCGCUGCGUCUGAUUGGCGAGACGGUGCCGCACAAGCUCUCGCAGCAGGUGCCGCUGUGGUCCGUCAAGGACGUACAGGAGUGGGUGAAGCAGAUCGGCUUCAAUGCCUAUUUGAGCCAGUUCGAGAAGUCGCAGGUCGACGGCGAUCUGCUGCUGAAGCUCAAUCCCGACGAUCUGCGCAACGAUAUUGGCAUUUCCAAUGGCAUCCUGCUCAAGCGCUUCGAACGUGAGCUGCAAAAUCUCAAGCGCAUGGCCGACUAUUCAUCCAAGGACACGGCGAAAAUGCAUCAAUUUCUCGCCGAGAUCGGGCCCGACUACUGCACCUACACGUACGCCAUGCUGAACGCUGGCAUCGACAAGAACACCCUGCCCCACAUCAACGAGGAUAUGCUGAUGACCGAGUGCAACAUCAAGAAUAGCAUUCAUCGCCUGCAUAUUCUCAGCGCGGUCAAGAAUCUGGAGAACUCGCUGCCAAGCUCAUCCGAGGAGAAUAUGGCCAAAACGCUGGACGUUUUCGUCAGCUACAGGCGCUCCACCGGCUCUCAGCUGGCCAGUUUGCUAAAGGUUCAUCUUCAGCUGCGAGGAUUCUCCGUGUUCAUUGACGUCGAACGUCUGGAGGCAGGCAAAUUCGAUAACGGUCUACUCAACAGUAUUCGCCAGGCAAAGAACUUUGUCUUAGUAUUAACACCAGACGCACUGCAUCGCUGCAUCAACGAUGUCGACUGCAAGGACUGGGUGCAUCGCGAAAUUGUGGCUGCUUUGGAGUCGAACUGCAAUAUCAUACCCAUUAUGGAUCAGCAGUUCACGUUCCCGGACAACCUGCCCAGCGACAUGUGCAGCGUGGCCCACUUCAAUGGGGUCAGCUGGAUACACGACUACCAGGACGCAUGCAUCGAUAAGCUCGAAAGAUUUUUGCGCGGCGAAAAGAAUGUCGAUCGCAUUGCGGCGAUGGCGCCUGGUACGCCCGGCGUGGCGUCUUACCAAAGAAUGCACAGCAAUGAUUCCGACUAUCAGCAGAGUGGUGCAGGCGGAGGCGUUGGAGGUGGCAGUGGCAGUGGCAGCGGCAGCGGCGGUGGUGGCGGCGCAGGCAGUGUGGUGGAUGGCCUAAUGACGGCCAAUGGCAGCGGACAAGCUAAUCACCAGGCAAAUAGAUACCGGCAAUCCCCCUCACCGGCUCGCCAGCGCGGCAGCACCUCCCUCUUGAGCUAUGGGCGUGGCCAGGCGAAACGCUCCAACAUCCUGCCACCGUAUCGCACACAGCAGGCGGCGCUGCUGCACAAGUCUGGCGCCGGCUCCGCCUCGAUGCAGAACAUCAUGCCGCAGCCGUAUGCGCCGCCGCGGCGCAGCUCUGCGGCCGGCCUGGUGCACAAUGCGAGCGUGGCCAACGGCUAUCGGUCGCACAGCGUGGACGGGCUGCUGGAUCAGGCGGCGGCCGAGGCGGCCAGCAGCAGUCAGGAUAGCUUGAGCACGCCCGAGCAGCGCAUAGCGAAGGCCGCUGCCAUGGUGACCGCCGGCAGCACGGCGCUGACCAAUGCCAGCUCGACGUGCACGCUGCAGCCGGAGGACGAGUCGCAGCCCGAGGAGGAAGUGUGCCCGGUGACGCGACGGGAGAAGCAGAGCCUGGCCCCGCCCAAUGUGCAGCAGCAUCGCAAGUCGCGCAGCCUGGACCACAUCCUGUCCAAGCAAACGCUGGCCGAGCUCCUGCCGCCCAGCAGCGAGCUCACCGACGAGACCCAGAGCAUGCAGAAUCUGGCGCUGCCGCCGACGCCGCAGCCGCAGCGACGCGAUGCGAGCAGCUCCUCCAAGUCGCCGACGCCAGAGCGGCCCAUGCAGCGCACAGCCGCCUCCAAUCGCCAGAGCCCGGACGGAGUUAGCUCCACGGAGAGUGAGCGCGAGGAUGCGCAGUCGCUGAGAUCGCAGGCAUCGGGCCAGCACGGCAAUCAGCAGCGGGCGGCGGCGCAUGUGCAUCGCGGUGGCAGCCAGAAUAGCAAUAAGACGUCCAACUCAUCCCUCGGAUCGAACAAUAGCGCCAGCAAUAAGACGAUCUUUAAUCGUACGAUGAAAAAAGUGCGCUCGCUGAUCAAAAACAACGAACUGGAGGACACUGAACUCUCCGAUAUUAUCCUGUCCAAGGCAACAUCUCCAAAUGCUGGUCGCAUGAUAUUUUGGUAGCUCUACGAAUUAUUCGAAACAUGUUAAACUAAUUAAAAUACUCGACGAUUUUCUAUGAAUGUACUCGAAAAAAAAGAAAAGCGAAACAAAAAAAAAUUGAAGUAAAACUUAUUUUUAUGUAAAUAAAUCUAAAUAAAUUUAAUCAUUCCAGGCUGAUCUAUGACAAUCGGAGGUAUAAACAUAAAAAAACAUAUAUUCAAAGCUUUAA